GCCGCUCUUGUCAUCCUCGAAUGAUAGCGGCUGGUUGAUGAUUUCAUGGUGUGUGCAUCGUUUUUAGAGUUGCUCCUAAAAAUGCCGAGUCAAGAGGUUGCAACAACUAAAGUUGUGGUUCACCCGCUGGUAUUAUUAAGCGUGGUGGAUCAUUUUAAUCGUAUGGGAAAAAUUGGAAAUCAAAAGAGAGUAGUUGGUGUACUUUUAGGCUGCUGGAGGGCCAAAGGAAUCUUAGACGUAUCAAACAGUUUUGCAGUUCCUUUUGAUGAGGAUGACAAAGAUAAAAGUGUAUGGUUUCUUGAUCAUGAUUAUCUAGAAAAUAUGUAUGGAAUGUUCAAGAAAGUCAAUGCUCGUGAGAAGGUAGUAGGCUGGUACCACACUGGACCUAAGCUACAUCAAAAUGAUGUUGCCAUUAAUGAAUUAAUAAGAAGAUACUGUGCCAAUUCAGUCUUGGUAAUUAUUGAUGCGAAGCCAAAGGAUCUCGGACUUCCUACGGAAGCAUAUCAAGCAGUUGAGGAAGUACACGAUGAUGGUUCCCCUACUUCUAAAACUUUUGAGCACAUCCCAAGUGAAAUUGGAGCUGAAGAAGCAGAAGAGGUAGGAGUGGAACAUUUAUUGCGAGAUAUUAAAGAUACCACAGUUGGUACACUCAGUCAAAGAAUCACAAAUCAGUUACUUGGCUUGAAAGGUCUUCACGAACAAAUUCGGGAAAUUAGAGAUUAUUUGCUUCAGGUUGGCAGUGGAAAAUUACCUAUAAACCAUCAAAUUGUUUACCAGCUUCAAGAUAUCUUCAAUUUAUUACCAGAUAUGACUCAAAGUAGCUUUGUUGAUUCGUUAUAUGUAAAGACAAAUGAUCAAAUGUUAGUUGUAUAUCUGGCAGCUCUGGUUAGGUCUAUAGUGGCAUUACACAAUUUGAUCAACAAUAAAUUGACUAAUCGUGAUGCUGAGAAAAAAGAAACAGAUGGAAAGAAGGAUACAAAAAAGGAAGAGAAAAAAGAAGAGGAGAAAAAAGGAGAGGAAAAAACGAAAGCUAAAAAUCAGUGAUUGAAGCAUUGUUCAGUUGCAACAUUGAAACUGUUAAAGUUGAGGACGAUUAUCGAUUCUGUGUGUAAUAAAUAAUAAGCAAGUCUGUUUACAAUUUGUACAGAAUUACAUCUCACUUAUAAAUAAUGAUGGCAAUUUAAAUAUGUAUUAUGGCAUAUUGGGAUUUCUAAACUACUCUGGCAUAAUUCUGUGAGCUACUAAGAUAUUAGGCACAAAGAAGAAUAGAAAACUUAACACUUCCAAUUUUGAAUGUAAUAAAUAGUAAAUAUACCGAAAAAUUUAGGAUUUAGACAUUUU